GUUGAAUAAUAAAAACAGAACGGAGAAAAAUCAUCGCGCAAAAAAUUCUCAAAAAAUGGUAGUCGACAUGGAGCUGGAAGAAGCUAAAACGAAAGUACUGAAUCUGAUGAGGGAGAAGGACAAAAUAGAGGCCCAAUUGGCGGAGUUGAAGGGCAUCUUGGACAAGAACCAUGUGGGGAUGACGGAGGCCCUGGUGGACUCUGAGGGCUACCCGAGAGCUGACAUUGAUGUCUACCAAGUAAGACACGCUCGAGCCAACAUAAUCUGUCUUCAGAAUGAUCAUAAAGCCUUGAUGAAGAGGAUUGAGGCAGGACUAAUCGAGGCGCAUUCAGUGGGGAGGGAAUGCCUACCGGAAUCAUCAGCCUCCUCAUCCCCUCGUUCUGCACCUGUGGCUUCUGUUCAGGACACCUCGUCACCUGGGGAACCCUUCGUCAGGGUUAAUCUCGUGUCGGAGGGAUCGCCAGCUGAACAAGCUGGACUGUGUGUCAACGAUCUCAUCACCGAAUUUGGAUCCGUCAACUCCCAAAACUUCAGAUCCCUCAAGGACAUCGGGGAUCUUGUGGCUCACAGCCUCAACAAACCUGUCAUUGUUAAAGUCAAACGCAGGAGCGAUUACACAGUUUUGACACUUGUGCCGAAGCCCUGGGCGGGCAAGGGACUCCUGGGGUGCAACAUAAUACUGUUGGAGAGUGUCGAGAGAUAAAUAGUGAUGAUGCAGAGGAGACUGAUUCAAUAUUUAUCCAUUUAGGUUAAUUAUUAUUAAUUCAGUGAAGAAGUGGGGGAAGGGGUACGACAGUUUUUUGAUGGGAAUAAUUCAGGAUUGACAGAGGAAAAUUCAAUUUUUUUACAUUUUGAAAGGUUUUUACAGACUUCAAAGUGAAAUUUGAGGUUUAUUCUGGAUACGAUUGGUUUUGGAGAAAAAUACUUCGACAUUUUUUUUUUUGAAAAAUGCGUCGUUGCUGAGAAAAAUUCGUAUUCAACGAGGUGAAAAAAAAUUUGAUCGUUUGUCAUGGUUCUAUCUAAAGAAAUUGUACUAUAAGGAAUUGUAAAAUUUAAUUCUUGAAAAAAUAAAAGAAGAACAUGCAGAUUAA